AUGGAAAACUCCUCGACCCCAGCUAUGGCAUCAACAUCAACACCAACUCAAACACCCAUCGAAAGAUUCAACUCCCUCUUCUCGUCAUCAGAGUUCCUCUUCAUAGUCUCCUACCGCGGCCACUGGUGUCCCUUCUGCCGCGCAUACCUCACAACACUCACCUCUAUCUUCCCCUCAAUAAUCUCCCAAGGCGGCAACACCGUCAUCCUAACCGCCGAGCCAGCCAACUUCCUCCCUGAAAUGCGCAAAUCCACUGGCUAUGAGGGCGAGGCGAUUGUGGAUGAGAAGAAUGAGUUGAUGGCGUAUUUGAGGGAGAGGUAUGGGUGGGAGGUAGCGAUUACGGAGAGGAAGGGAUAUGUGAGUGGGAUGGCGCAGCCGGGGGUUUUGGUUUUGAGGAGGAAAGGGGAUGGCGAGGGAGAGGUAGAGGUGCUGGAGAAGUGGGCGAUUGUGCCGGGUUGUGACCGCCCCGAGCUCGCCCAGAUCUGGGAUAAUGUGCAAGCUAAGCUGAAGGGUGAGAAAGAGGUGCAUAGAUCGUAUAAGAAGAUUAGUGCGGUGGGUGUGCUGAAGGGUGCCUUCUUUGGGUGA